CCUGAUCCAGUCCAGGAGGGGGUAGAGCUGGAGGCGCUGGGUGUGGAGUCCGCAGGACUGGUCGGGAGGCCGUGUCGGGAGUGAGAGAGUCUGAUCGGGCUCGAGCGGCGCUGAAGGGCCCGUCCUGGGUCUAGGGGAGAGAAUCUCUUCUGUGAGACCCGCCUUCCCCAGCCCCGGCCCCUCCCAGUUCCCCCAGCGACGGCCGCUUCCUGCUCUUGGUCGCAACCAUGGCUGAAGAACAACCUCAGGUCGAAUUGUUCGUAAAGGCUGGCAGUGAUGGGGCCAAGAUCGGAAACUGCCCCUUCUCCCAGAGACUGUUCAUGGUGCUCUGGCUCAAGGGAGUUACCUUCAAUGUCACCACUGUGGACACCAAGAGGCGGACUGAGACGGUACAGAAACUGUGCCCAGGGGGACAGCUCCCUUUCCUGCUGUACGGCACUGAAGUGCACACAGAUACCAACAAGAUUGAGGAAUUUCUGGAGGCAGUGCUAUGCCCUCCCAGGUACCCCAAGCUGGCAGCUCUGAACCCUGAAUCCAACACAGCUGGGCUGGACAUAUUUGCUAAAUUUUCUGCCUACAUUAAGAAUUCAAACCCAGCUCUCAAUGACAACCUGGAGAAGGGGCUCCUGAAAGCCCUGAAAGUCUUAGACAAUUACUUGACAUCCCCUCUCCCAGAAGAAGUGGAUGAGACCAGUGCUGAGGAUGAGGGCAUCUCUCAGAGGAAGUUUCUGGAUGGCAAUGAGCUCACUCUGGCUGACUGCAACCUGUUGCCAAAGCUCCACAUAGUACAGGUGGUCUGUAAGAAGUACCGGGGAUUCUCCAUUCCGGAUGCGUUUCGUGGAGUGCAUCGAUACCUGCGCAAUGCCUAUGCUCGGGAAGAGUUUGCCUCCACCUGUCCAGACGAUGAGGAGAUCGAGCUGGCCUACGAGCAAGUGGCCAAGGCCCUCAAAUAAGCCUCUCCUGGGGCUCCUUCUCCCCCCUCCUCCAUUUCCUCCACAAAGGCCCUGGGUGUUUUCCACAUGGCUACGCAAUGGAAAUGGACACACUCCAAAAUGGGGCAGUGGGCACAGAAUCCAGGAGCAUUUGUGCAGGGCUUGCUGGGGGUGGGGGGUGGGGGUGAGGAGAAAGGAUGGGAGAUCUGGGUGAGAUUUUUAUUGUGGGGUGGGGUGGGUAGGACGACGUUGUUUCAGUAAUAAAAUACAGAAUGAAAA